AUGGAGAAAGAAAGGGAAAUUUGUCACGUCGGAAAUAACGUCGAAAAUAUCGAAUCAACGAAUGAAAUUUUCAAUUCCGGUUCCUCAACUUCGACGACGACCAUUUCCGGUCACGAGUUUACGGAAACGAGAAAAUCAGAAGAGAUAAAGAAAAAUUUAAAUUGGAUGAGAUGGACUGAAUAUAGUCCUUACGCCAAAGAUAUUAUUAAAAACAGUGAGUAUCGUAAAACCCGAGAGGAAGAGAGAGAGAGAGAGAGAGGGAAGAAGGAAGAGAAAGAGAGAGAGUGA